GUUUCCAUGGUAACCGAGUGUCAACAUCGUGAGUUGGUGAAUGCGCUUCCAACAUGGCAGAGAUGUCUGCACUGAGCAGGAAGUUAAUCCAAAACAUGGCUGAAACCUUGUCUAAACAAGUGAAACACUUUAAUAAAACUGAAACGGAGUGCCUGAUCCGGUUGUUUAACACACUCCUGGGAGAAAAGACCGAGAGCAAAGCGACACACGGGUUGGACCGAGGCAAAUUCCGCAACAUCCUGCACAGCACAUUCGGACUCACCGAUGACAUGAUAAUGGACCGAGUAUUUCGCACCUUUGACAAGGACAACGAUAGCAGCCUCAGUGUUAAAGAGUGGAUAGAAGGACUAGCGGUCUUCCUCCGAGGGACGUUAGACGAGAAAAUAAAAUUCUGUUUUGUCGUGUACGACCUGAACGGAGACGGCUACAUAUCUCGAGAGGAAAUGUUCCACAUGCUGAAGAACAGCCUGAUCAAACAGCUGACUGAGGAAGACCCUGAUGAAGGAAUUAAGGAUCUGGUGGAAAUAGUACUGAAGAAAAUGGAUUACGACCAUGACAGCAGAAUUUCAUUUUCCGACUUCAGUAAUGCUGUGAGAGAUGAAAAUCUGCUACUGGAAGCUUUUGGACCUUGUCUUCCUGACCUAAAGAGCAUACAGGCAUUUGAGCAACAUGCAUUCCAGGAUACAUCAAGAACCUAAAUCACUCAAAUCCACAACAAAGCCAAAUGCAGCUCCUGUAUGUGUUAUGAUGUUUAGAAUGGGAUUAAAUUCUUCUCCUUGGCUUUGC